UUUACACAUCAUGUCUGUUCCUUGGCUUGGGGUAUGUUAGUGGGCAGGCAGCAGUGUGGGUGGGAGGUGUAUAGCUAAAGGCCUGCAAAGGAGACUGGAAGAAGCAGCUUCAAAAGAAAACAGAAAGUCCUAUACAGAGAGCAACAGGAGUGAUAGCUCAGGAACCACAGAACAACAUGAAGCUUUCUCAGGCCUCCUCAUUUUUGCCCAUCUCUUUGUUCCUACUUUUACUUCUUCAGCUGCCGACAUUGCAAGGACAGGCCAUCAACUCAGCUCAGCAAUCUCAACCCUGUGGAGAAGAUUCCUUUCCACUUGACUGUGAGGACAUAUAUGAUCAAGGUUCAGAAACAGAUGGCGUGUACCUCAUCUUUCCAGCAGGACCCAGUGUCCCUGUCCCCGUGUACUGUGACAUGACCACUGAUGAUGGAAAGUGGACGGUUUUCCAGAAACGCUUCAAUGGGUCAAUCAGUUUCUUUCGGGGAUGGAAUGACUACAAGUUUGGCUUUGGCAAAGCAGAUGGUGAAUAUUGGCUGGGUCUGCAAAAUAUCCACCUUCUCACCCUGAAGCAGAAGUAUGAGCUUCGUGUGGAGCUGGAUGACUUUGAUAAUAAUACCGCCUUUGCCAAAUAUGCUGACUUCUCCCUUUCCCCAAAUGCAAUCAGUGCAGAAGAGGAUGGCUACACGCUCCAUGUAUCUGGGUUUACUGAUGGAGGGGCAGGUGAUUCAUUGUCAUAUCACAGUGGCCAGAAGUUCUCCACAUUUGACCGUGACCAAGAUCUCUAUGUGCAGAACUGUGCAGGUCUGUCAUCAGGUGCCUGGUGGUUCAAGAGCUGCCAUUUUUCCAACCUCAAUGGCUUCUACCUUGGUGGACCACAUCUGUCUUAUGCCAAUGGCAUUAACUGGUACCAGUGGAAAGGCUUCUACUAUUCCCUCAAGAGAAGUGAGAUGAAAAUACGUCGUGUUUGAGAUCCAGGGCAACUGGUGGCUUUUCCCAUUCUUCUACCCUAGAGGCCACUUGAAUCUUGAUGUAGACUGAAUUCCCAAUUAUUAAUGUAUUUCAUUAUUCUGUUUGCCUACCUUUAGCAUGCAGCCUGCACCAAAUUAUUCCUCAGAGAACACAACUCUCAAUAAAGAUACCAAUUUCUCAGGCCCUGCAUUACUGAGAUCCAACAGAACUAGAUAAUUGCCAAUGCCCUAUCCUACUAAUCACCACAGUUAUUGUAGCCACCAACAUCUCUGCUCUUCCAGGAAACCUGAUGUUGGUUUGUUUCACCAACAUCAAUAUCACUUGUCAUGGGUCCUAUCUGCCAUUUCAAUGUCCCAAAUCAAAAAUUGCUUUGGGAACAUACCAGAAAUAAACCCCAUCUCUUCUAGCUGACUGCUACUCUUCAGCAGCCCAGCAGGAAAGAAAAAAUGAAGGAGGCUAUAGAGGUUAUAGCAGAAUUCCAGGCUAAUUUCCCUGCCUCAAUUAAAAAAAAUAAAUAAAGUGUAUUGGCAGAACUGGAAGAAUGGUUUAUCUAAGCCAUGUUCCUGCUUUAUCCAUUUCCCAGGCCUAGAUAACAAAUCCAACAAAGGAUUUGUAAUAUUCAAAACUAUAGGGACCAGACAAUUUAAGACAAAAUGUAGAAAACAUUUAAGAACGAUCAGAGAAGACACAUCCAGUUGGAAGUUUCUGGCAGAUGGGAACAAGUAUUGUAAGGUUCAGGGAAAAGUUGCCAAAGGUGAUAGCAAUUAUCCUGCUUUUAAAAAAAUAAAUAAAAUGAAAGUCUGCUCUCCAAAUAUGGACAAUUGAGAGACCAGUAGAACUGUUAACAAUAUAAAGGCUUUUAAGGCCACCCUUUCUGAGCCAAAUCCCACCCCCAUACAUCUACCCAAUCAUUAAACUGUUUCUACAGCAUCUGUCUGGACAGUGAUAUGGUCCAAGUUCUAAAGUAAAAAUCUGAAGAUGAAAAUCCUCCUUCUAGCCUGCUCUUGCAUCUUGCCAAAAGACUUGUUUUGACUACAGCCUGUUCAACAUCUGGAUUCUGUUCUCAGCAAUUAAGUUUAUAGGACACCUGAGGCUAUAGUACUGAAAUGGGCAGAGAUCCCAGAAAACCUGAUGUUCUUUUGCAUGUUCCAAAGAAAUCAGUUUGGAUCUUGCAAAAGCAUGUUGUGGGAGAGAGUGAUAAAUUGGUGGUUAGACCUACAACAGUGAAAGUUUGGAUCUGUAGUCUGUGAAAAGGGGAUGUAGAAAAUCCAAGAUAAAAAGUUAAAUUAAUUAAUUUCUGGAAAGAUUAUACAAGAGGUAAGAACAAGCCAUUAGCAACCAUGCAAAUUAAGACAAUGAAUGUAUUGGAGAAAACAGAUGCAUUUGAAAUCUUAGAAAGGGAUGCCUUCCUUUUUGCGUGGGCCACAAUGAAAUAGUUUGCUGAGAGUAUAAAGGAAAGAAGACUUUUAGAAUCCUUAGUACUCUCUGAGUUUGGUUGUUUGCUUGCAGAUGUUUCAUUACCCAACUAGAUAAUAUCAUCAGUAAUAGCAUAUUGAAAAAUCUAUAGCAAAUAACCAAGCUUGGAGAGCACAAAUGACUCCACAAUUCCACCCUGAGCUACAUAUAUUCUAUUUGAAGGUGAGCUUCAUUGAGGAUGAGAUAAGGGGCUUUGAUUUCCUAAGUCACCACAAAUUUCUUCUGCUGCUGUUCAAACAGAAUUGGGAACUGCAUAGUUUAUCCCAUGUUCUGUAACUGAAAGACUUUAGGUAACUGACGAAAAUCAGUUGUGGCAUUUGAAUUUUAUUGACUAUUUGAAAAAGGAUGAAAAAAGGUACAGAGAGAGAGCUAGGAAAACCAAAGUCCACACUUUUGGAAUCUUUCUGAUUUCUUGAUUUCAUAUUUCAUCUCUUUUCCACAGGAGAUAAAGGAGUUUCUUAUAGUGUAGUUAAGAUAUGACAGCUAUGCCCACUAUGUACUGCUUUAGUUUUGCACUCAAAGCAAUUCCAGAGUGGAUUUCACAUGGAAAUACAAUGGAUGUGAGCAAGCAGUUCCAUGGUUAUGUUGAGUCUAGAAAUGCCAAGGAUGGCAUUCCCCAUUUCAUCACCCCAGAGAGCCGCGGUGGUACAGUGGUUAGAGUGCAGUACUGCAGGCUACUUCCGCUGAUCACCGGCUGCCAGCAGUUUGGCAGAUCGAAUCUCACCAAGUUCAAGGUUGACUCAGCUUUCCAUCCUUCCGAGGUGGGUAAAAUGAGGACCCAGAUUGUUGGGGGCAAUAUGUUGACUCUGUAAACAGCUUAGAGAGGGCUGUAAAAGCACUGUGAAAUGGUACAUAAGUCUAAGUGCUAUUGCUAUUUCCCUCCAUUUUGCUUAUUAUGUUAGGAUAGCUGUUAGAACAAAGAUACAUGUAAUGAAAAAGAAUGGGCAAUUCAUCAAGGGUCUAUCAAAGAAAGGAGGGAGAGAUAUAGUGAAAGUAUUAUGUCUUUCUUUACCAAUAGAGAGCAUGCUGCCCUAGUUUUUAUCAUUACCAGCAAAUCAAAAUGUUGAUGCUGGCAAGUAUGUCAUUCUGUUGUUAUUACUUAAUGGUGGUAUAAUAAAGGAUUGGCUUUUUUCAUAGUUUUUAGGAUAGAAAAAUUCAUGUGUAACUUAUCCUUUGGGAUAUCCGUGGACAAAAAAGAGAACUAAAGCAGAAGAAGUUAUAGACUUCAGAUUUUUUCAACCCUUAAGAUGUAUACCAUCUGAGAAAAAGAUUCCCCCCCCCUUCAACCUUGCAAUAUUCUUUAACCUCAUUCUCAGCCUUCUGAGCCUGAGAAUUUCCUAAUGCUCACAGUAGCUCCCAUUCUUUCUCCAACAGUGCAAAGGUGCUUGCACCUCCCAUAUUCCCAGUGGUAAAUUACCAGUGCUUAGCAAAAUGUCUUUAAAGAAAAUGGUUUGGUAAUGAUGGAUGUGUUUUUCAGAAAACCUUCAGCCUCAUCUUGCAGUUGGGAUUCCAAUAAUGAGGUGAAACUUGUCAGAAUUGGCUCACCACCUUGAAGUGACUCAUUGCAUUCUUGGACUAGCUCCGGCUGCUUCUUCAGAAGGAGCUGAAUCAUAGGGAUGGAUGUUUCUCUUGGGUUCACAAACAGAGGAUCCUUGGUGGAAGAGGAAAGAAGUGGAAGCAAUAUUGAAGUGGCUGAGGAAGGGGGAAAGGGAGAUGUUAAUCAAGUUACAAGUCAACAAUUUAAGCUCUUCCCCUUCCUCCUCCUCUUGUCCAGGGGUGAAAUGCUACUGGUUUGGACUGGUUUGGGCGAAUCAGUAGUAAAAAAUGCUACCGGUUCGGGCAAACUGGUAUUUCCAAUGAUCAGCUCGGAAACGAUCAGAUGUGACGCACAAUUUAUAUUAGCUAGAAUUGUCAGAUUUCCUGCUUUCUAGCUAAUCUAAAUUGCAUGGCACAGCGGAUUCCUCCCCCCUUCGCUGUUCUACUUACAUUUGCAGAUUUGAAAGGUUUCAAAAUGUUCCUUUUUUAGUGCUGUGAGGGCAGACUUACAGAACCGGUAGCAGACUUCAGAGGAUUUCACCGCUGCUCUUGUCUUUCUUGUUCCUCCCAAUUCCCAUUUCAAGUUCACAAUUACCAUCUAAGAUUGGUUGAAGUAAAAAAAAAAAAUCCAUACUCAGUUUGAUGAGCUAAAUUUUGGAGCUAACUGAAAAUGUUAAUCUAAAUAUAUCUGGUGUAAAAUUUCCGUUUCUAAAUGUCACAGAACUUCAACUAACAUUAUUUCUGAAAUAUCCAAUUUUUUUCCCCGGUUUGUAAUCGUAUCUCAGACAAUAUCAAUCCAAAGUAAUCUUCUUUUUUUCACCCAUCUACAUCCCACAAAACAUAUUUCUUAUUACCCUUAGUUGAAAAUUUUAAUCAAUAUAAAGUCUAUUUUAGCCAUGCGGUUGUCUUCUUUUUGUCAUUGUUCUCCUGUUUUCCAUACAUACCAAGUAUGUUUCCUCAGCCACAAAAGCUUGCUUCUUCUUCAUAUAUUCAGCAUGAUUCCUGUAAAUGUAUUUCCGGAUCUCUAUUCUAGGUACACAGAAAUUUAAAAUGUAUUCUUUUAAAUAUGCAUGUUUGAGAAGAAGAGAUUAAAUGCAUGCUUAUCUCCAUUAAGGUAGCACUCACUUACCAAUCACUUGUUCAAAUUUAAAAGGGUACUAAAAAAGGAGACGAGCGGCCAGCCUUUGAAAUUGUAGCAGUUACAGAAUCCCUGCAGUCAGAUGAUUGUGUUUCCCUCUGAUUUGACAAUAUCAGUCCCAUAAUCCCGCAAGUGUCCUUUAAAACCUCAAUGAUGACUGGAAGAAAUUAUUCAAUUCCAUCUGACAAAUGCAGAAUACCAUGUAUACGGAGAUGCUGCACCGCCUGCUGGCCAGAAUGGAUAAUGCAAGGAUAGGAAAAUGGGAAUCUCUCAACCUAAAAAAAAAUGUAUUACAAAUUUGGGAUAGAAAAGCAAAGCAAAAAUAAGUAUAAAUGUCCAGUCUUGUAUGUUAAUCUGUUCAGAAUUAGUAGUUUCUGUAGUAAUGAAUAUGCUCAUAAAAGAAUAUGACAUGAUUUUCCACAAAAUUUCAGAAUUGGAGGUUUCUUUCAGUAAGACUUUUCAAUAAAGAAAACAAAGAGUAUGAAAAAGACAAAAAAGGGGGGGAUUAUUUCAAUGUCAUAAAGUUCUAGAUAAAAUAUAUAAUCAUAUUUUAAUUAAUUAAAUGAGAUGGAAAAUAUAAAAUUAAUGGUUAAAUCAGCAAAAUAGGGUUAGCAUCUUUGUUGCCCUGCAGAAACACGUUUUCUUUGCAGGUUUAGUUCAGUUCAGUUCAAUUUAGUUUAGAUAAUUCUCUUCUCCCAUAUUAGCGCAAUGGAGAACCAGUUUGGUCUAGUGGUUAAAGUUCCAGGCUAGAAACCAGGAGACUGUGAGUUCUAGUCCUGCCUUAGCCAUGCAAGGCAGCUGCAUACCUCAGUCCAACUUACCUCACAGGGCUGUUCUUGUGGGGAAAAUAGGAGGAGGUUUUGUUGGAUAUGUUUGCCACCCUGAGUUAUUAUUAUAAAAUAAUAAAAGCAAGAUUAAAAUAAAUAUGUACUGAAUUCUUAUUAUUUCUUUUUCACUGGUCUGCAAAAUGACUGCUACUGGUAUUGUGAAAAUAGUUUGAAAGAGGGUAAUCAAGACAUAUUCAUAGUUCUCUUGAAAGAAUAAAAUCAAAUUAAAAACAUGUUAAA